CCCCCCCCCGGCGGCGCGGAGCAGGUGAGGCCGGGGCCGGUGCGGGGCCCCCGCGACCUUCGCAGGUCUCCAGGCAGGAUCUCACUGCUGAGGACACCUCGCUCUGCUGAGGGCAGGGCCCUUCCUCCAGGAUGGCACGAUGGCUGCCCCGCUCCACCGACCUGACCCGCUUCUGCCAGAAGCUCAACCGGGUGAAAACUCUGGAGGAUGACAUGAUGGAGACAUCCUUUAACAGGUGCCUUUCCACCAUCGAUUUGACGCUGCUGGGCAUCGGGGGCAUGGUGGGCUCCGGGCUGUACGUCCUCACAGGCACGGUGGCCAAGGAGAUCGCUGGCCCCGCCGUCAUCGUCUCCUUUGUCAUCGCUGGCUUUGCCUCACUCCUGGCUGCUCUCUGCUACGCUGAGUUUGGAGCCCGCGUGCCCAAGACAGGCUCUGCCUACAUGUUCACCUACGUGUCCGUGGGUGAAAUCUGGGCUUUCCUCAUUGGCUGGAACGUGCUGCUGGAGUACAUGAUCGGGGGCGCCGCGGUGGCCAGGGCCUGGAGUGGCUACCUGGACUCCAUCUUUAACCACAAGAUCAAGAACUUCACCGAGACCCAUGUGGGUACCUGGCAGGUGCCGUUCCUGGCCCACUAUCCGGACUUCCUGGCAGCUGCCAUCCUGCUGGUAGCCACCGCCUUCAUCUCCUUUGGGGCCAGAGUGUCCUCCUGGCUCAACCACGUCUUCUCAGCCAUCAGCAUGGGCGUCAUCCUCUUCAUCCUCAUUAUGGGCUUUGUCCUCGCGCAGCCCAAGAACUGGAGCACCCAGGAGGGUGGCUUUGCCCCAUAUGGGCUGUCGGGCAUCAUGGCUGGCACAGCUACCUGCUUCUACGCCUUCGUGGGCUUUGACGUCAUCGCAGCCUCCAGCGAAGAGGCCCGGAACCCGCAGAGGGCUGUCCCCAGGGCCAUCGCUUUCUCCUUGGGGCUGGCCACCGGCGCCUACAUCCUGGUGUCAGUCGUGCUGACGCUGAUGGUGCCCUGGCACACGCUGGACCCUGACUCUGCCCUGGCCGACGCGUUCUACAGGAGGGGCUACGCCUGGGCAGGGUUCCUGGUGGCUGCUGGCUCCAUCUGUGCAAUGAACACAGUGCUGUUGAGCAAUCUCUUCUCUCUGCCGCGCAUCGUCUAUGCCAUGGCCGAGGAUGGGCUCUUCUUUCAGGUCUUCUCCAGAGUCCACCCCCGCACGCAGGUGCCCGUCGUCGGCAUCGUGGUCUUCGGGCUGCUGAUGGCACUGCUGGCCCUGGUCUUUGACCUCGAGGCUCUGGUGCAGUUCCUGUCCAUCGGCACGCUGCUGGCCUACACCUUCGUGGCCGCCAGCAUCAUCGUGCUGCGCUUCCAGCAGCAGAAGGGAGAUGCCCCUGCGGCAGCGGCCGGCGGCCGGCCCAACCCGGAGCCCCGUGAGGGCCCGUCAGCGGGCGAGCUGAAGGAGUACGAGUCCUUCUCCGACAAGCUGCAGCUGGUGGACAGGGACAAGAGCAAAGAGCAGCGGGAGCCAGGGCAGCUGAAGGCAGCGUUUGAGCCCUACCUGGAGUUCCUCAGCGACUUCUACCCAGGUGAGGUGGUGACGGUGGCCGUGGUGACCCUGAUGGUGUCUGCCAUCUGCCUCUGCUCCGUCUUGGUGUUUGGCAACACCCACCUCCACCUGCCCACCUGGAGCUACUCCCUGCUGCUGGUCCUCUUCAGUCUGGGCUUCCUGCUCAGCCUCCUCCUCAUCUGGGCACACGAGCAGCAGCACAGCACCCAAACCUUCCAGAUCCCCCUGGUACCCCUGUCCCCCGCACUGAGCAUCAUCCUCAACAUCUACCUGAUGCUGAAGCUCAGUUACAUGACGUGGCUCCGCUUCGCCAUCUGGCUCCUCUUAGGCCUGCUCGUGUACUUUGGCUAUGGCAUUUGGCACAGCAAGGAGAACCUCCGGGAAGCACGGCCCCAGCGUGUCAGCGCCCGCUACGUGGUGUUUCCAGGCGGGAGCCUGGAGGAGAGGGUGCAGGCAGUGCAGCCCAGCCCCCAGCCCGCCGCCGGCCUGCCCGACACCGACAGCGGAGACUGCAAGAGAUGACGCGCCAGUGCCGGGCCACGGGGGCGCCUGGCCAGAGACCCACCCCCCUGCUCCUGCUCCCUCCGGCAGCAGAGCCGCUGGGGCUGCUCCGAGCCUGGGGCUCCACCCAGAGAGGAUGAGGAUGCUCACCCUUCCCCGCAUGCUUCUGACAGAGCGGAGGGGCCUGCUGCCUCCCUCCCCAUCCCCUGCACUCAGGAGCUGGGUCUCAGCCCGGAGCUUGCCCUGCUCACGAGGAGCCCUGUCCUCGUCACCUCUCCCGGAGCACACCCUGGCACUGCGCAGCACAUCUCCUGUCCGCCAGCACAUCUGUGCAGCUGGGAAUGCAGAGGUUCCCCAGGGAGCAGGACGGGCAGCCCAGUCCUGCCCGUCCUGACUCUCAUCCUGAGUGCAGCCCCCCUGCCUCCUGCAGAGUCCCCAUUCGGAAGGAGGCAGGGCCCAGCCAUGCAUCCCCACAGGCAGCCCUGCCAUCCCUAUCCCCAGGGCUGCUCUCCUCAAAGGCUGGCACUGAGGGAGCUGAGGGGUAGCUGGAGACAUGACAUGGAGAAGGGAUGUGGCCAGAGUGGGUGGCUGGGCAGGCACCCCAAGAAAGCCAGUGGAGGCUGGCACAGCAAAAGCCCAGCUGCAUCUUCCCAGCCACUGGAAUUGGCUGUCUGAGGGGUGGUCUGGGGGCCAUGCCUGCUGGAAGAUAAUGCCAUGGCAGGCUCCUGCCCCAGUCCUGAGCAGGGUAGGGGUUCUCAGGACCCCAGGUACAUUGCCUUGUCCCUGGAGGUCCCCAGCAGCAUCCCUGGGCUGGUCUGCCUGGAGCUGGCUCCCCACUGCUCCUGCACCACAGCAGCACCACCUGCCCCACCAUGGGGACUUAGCCCCCCAUGAUUCCUCUUCCAGGCUCUUUGGGACAGGCUCAGCAGGUGCUUUUUAGUAUUGCCUCCUCCCAGUCAUCCCCAUGCUCUGGGGUCACCCUCUCCAGCUCACACCCAGCUGCAAGGGUGUCAUGAGGGGUUCCCUAGCAGCAUUGCUGCCGCCACCCCGGCUGUUUUGCCCAUGGGCAGCCUAAAGUGGAAGGGAAGAGAGUUUCAGCAUGUUUUGGAAGUCAGUCAAGCAUGAGGUUGCCAACUUAACAGGCCUUGCAGCAUAGACACCCCGUUCGUCGUCAUCCUCUGCGUGCUGCGAGGAGCUGGGGACUGUGGGCGAGCUGCUCCAUUACUUCUUGCUGGCCAGUCCCUGGGGGCCCUGGAGAGGCUGUGAGGACCCUCAGCAGGACAGGCUGGCUCCCUCUGGUGAAUCCCUCCGUCUGCCAGCACUGCUCCAUGUCCCACCUCGUCCCUGCGCUGCCGCCGCCGCAGCCGUGGCCCCGCUUGGCACCUCUGUGUCGUGGCUUGUGAGCAAUGGGCUGAUUUGGCCACCCUCAUAAACACUCUUU